CAAAGAGCGUGUCAAUCAAUCAAAGUUUAAAAGGUGACGUUAAUGUGUAACGAAGGGCAAACAGUGUGGGGGCGGAGCCACGAGCGGCCGACGCUUGGAGCGCAAAAAGAAAAGAUUCGUCACGUAUCACUUGAAAGGCGUCAUGAAAAAGCACAAGACUUCGGUUAUCAUCAUCCUCAUCUUUGUCAUCUGCGUGGAGUCUGCACAGGGCGCGUUGUGUUUCGCACGUUUCAACCGAUCGUCCGGCGUGUGUGACGAAGAGCUCGGUGACCUCGAUGAAGAUGACUGCUGCCUAAACCCUCACUACGGUUACAUCACAGACAAAGGAGACUGUCAGUCCUGUGGUCCUCCAACGUGGUCCGACUGGUCGCCAUGGUCAUCGUGCAGCAAUCUUUGCGGACCAGGCGUGACUCAGAGGAGAAGACGGUGCUUGGGCAUUGGCCAAUCGCAAUGCGAGGGGAAACCCUCAGACACGCUGCAGGCCAAACCUUGUAAUGGAACCUGCUGCAAUGAGGGGUGGAGCUUGUGGCAGGCGUGGUCUCCCUGUUCGGUGACUUGUGGAGGCACUGGAGUUAGGAAGCGAGAGAGGCUUUGCUCCGUCCCGCCAGAGUGCAUCGCGGCCUGCGUGGGCGCCACCACAAUCGAGCUGUUGUGUGAUGCUCCAGCCAAGUGCCCAGUGCACGGCGGUUGGUCAUUGUGGUCGUCGUGGUCGGUAUGUUCUUCCAUGUGCGUGAGCGAAGACGGACCGCCGCCAUACAAGCGCCGUCGACGCUCCUGCUCUGACCCCGCCCCUUCUGCUGACACGGUGCCACCGGGCAACGCUUGUCAAGGAGAUGAUGAACAACAGCAGAGCUGCAUUGACAUUCCAAAAUGUCCGGUGGACGGCAACUGGGGGGAUUGGUCGCCACCGGGAGCUUGCUCCGCUCAGUGCGGGGAAGGAGUUCAACUAUCCACUAGGGAGUGCAAUCAGCCAGCGCCCAAAUAUGGUGGACGACACUGCGUGGGAUCCAACACGCGCACCUUCACUUGUCACAUCAUCUGUCCAGCUGACGGGUCGUGGUCCGACUGGUCCCACUGGAGCGAGUGUUCCUCUACCUGCAUCCCGGAAGGCGGAAGUUCAGUCAGGACUCGCCGGCGCGCCUGCACCAGCCCCUCCCGUUCGCUCUUUCCCGAAGGUAAGGAUUGCAGUGGCCACAACACGUUGACGGAGAACUGCGUUGGCCUUCCGCCCUGCACAGGGGCCGGCUCCUGGGGAUCCUGGGCCGCUUUCUCGGCUUGUCCCGUCACGUGCGGUGUCGGACUGGAGGUGUCGCUCAGGAACUGCGAAGGCUCAAGCCCGUGUUCGGGCGAAAACCGGCGCACUCGCCUCUGCAAUACCGGCGUCCACUGUCCAGUUGACGGCGUGUGGUCCGAGUGGUCGCCGUGGCAAAAAUGCACAUAUCCGUUCGGAGGGCGAGACAUCCGCUGCAAGCAGAUCGGCGGCGGUCAAAGUCGAGAGCGCCGAUGUUUGCAUCGAGCGCAUGGAGGCGCCAUCUGUGGCGGUGACGACGUGAGCCUCAGCCAGUACCGGGGAUGCUACGAUGUCAACUCCUGUUACAUCAAGGGCAACUGGACAGACUGGGAGCCGUGGUCUCUGUGCAAGAAGGCGUGCGGAGGAGAUUCUGUGAGCAUCCGCCGAAGAAAAUGUUCGCCUGAUUACAGUGAAUAUCGCCCCACCAUCGGCCGUCUGGGAAAGCCGGCCUUCUUUUACGGGGACCCACUGUUGGACUGCGGGGUUGAGCCGGGUGGCGGAAUCAAGGAGACUCAGCCUUGCGUUAAUGUACCUGCGUGCGACUAACACGCCUGUUUUGAAUAAAAUGAGAGCAUCACA